AUGGUAUUGCAUUACCAUAACGAAUGCAUUGGGGACUUGAGGUACCUGGCCAGCGAACCAAACGCAAUUAUGGAUGAGGAGCUAUUGGCAGCGGUAGUGAUUCUCCGAUUCUAUGAAGAGCUUGACAGCCCAUUCAUCGAAUUCUCAACUGAAACAGCUGUGACGGGCCUACAGGUCUUUAUCGAGGCACAGGCAAACUUGGCACUUGCUUCCCUCGGAUUCCGUCAAGCUGUGUUCUGGGUUGGAUUCCGUCAAGAGUUCCAUAUCGCCUUUGCACAACAACGCCCGUUUUGCCUACCGUUGUCUGCCUGUGAAUCAUUUCUAACUUGGGACCCUGCACCGGAUCAUGUAUGGGUAAACCGUCUGCUCAUCAUAUGCGCCCACGCCGUUCAAUAUUGCCAUGAUGAUACACUUAACCAGAACGCCACUCGAUACCAGGGGCUAAUCGACCUCUACAAUCGUUGGCAACAAUGUCGACCUAUAUCAUUUUCACCAAUCUAUGCCGUGGACGCUGAUCAGACGCAGCGUGAGAUUUUCCCGCGUGUCCGUUAUCUCGACGACUGCCACAUUCUCGCCUUGCAGAGCAUAGGCUUGCUCAAAAUCCUUCUUACAGCCUACUCUCCCCACGUACCACGAGUCGGUCCGGCCCGACGAAAAUCUCUAGCUCAAGUUGAUGCCAAGCUCAGGGCAACAGUACUAGAGAUAUGCGGCGUCGCGUUAUCCAAUCGACAAUCUCCCCCUGCCCUGAUAACCGCAUGUGUCUCUAUCAAUACCUGCUGUGAGCAAUUUUCGGAUCUGACCGAGCAACAGGCUUUGAUGGAAAUCAACUCAAUUACAACUCAGGAGACAAAUUAUUGGCCGACAUCAGUUUCAAAGGCAAAGCUGGAGGAAGUGUGGGGUUGGGGAACGUGA